UAAAAUAACCUUUCGCUGGUGGCUACCCUAGAGUUGCGAUUGGUAACCUGCCUGACACACACUUUGCGUAGAACUUGCUAGCGAGAAAAUUCGUGUGCGAUCAAACAACAGUGAAAGCUAUCACCCCAGUACCGUGUUUCUAAAUCGUUUCAAUUUGCAAAAUUUGUGUUUGUGUUUAUAAAAGAAAGUGUCCUCCAAACAACCGCAAACCCCUUCGACGUCGAUCGAUUCGAUCGAAAACAACCAAAGCAAACGCACGUAUAGCAACAAGAGCGUUCCGAACAACAAUUGUCUCUUCCGCCCGUCCCCGGUGACCCAGUAAAGAAGCGAAAAUGAUGGAAAAAUACAAGUCUUCUUUAUUCAGCUAUUUGUAGCCUGGUGUGGGGUUGCAGAAGGGUUACAUUUUCCUCGUCUUGCUAAGCGCGUUCGGAAAAAAACGCAACCAAACCGAAGGUAGCGCUGCGGCAAAUGGUGCGUAUUUUAAGUUCAAUUACAUUCCGAAUCCACCGUACAGCGUCAGUGGCCAAGUGAGCAAGCGAAAGAAAAACUAUUCGGUACGUAUGUAUCUCUGUGUGCGUAGUGUGCGUAUUGUGUAGAGCGAGUGCGUAAAGUUUCUUUUGGACCAUAAUUUGUGACCGGAGUGGUCAUUUGCUUUCGAAGCGCGUCGUGAAAAUGCGUUAAAGUUUGUUCUCAUCCGGUGAAAAGUGUGUGUGGCAAGUGUGUCACACGACAGCAAUUAUCCUGUCUCCCUUCGGGUACAGCGUGCGAGCGUGAGUGAGUACGUGAUUUAUCGACGAACAGGAAGGCACUAUCAACCUUCAGCUUUCGAAGUGUUGAAGGUCAAAACAAGGAUUUCAUCCUCAAAAGGGUUACUUUUUUGUGCCGCGGGAUUCUACGAAUAGAGGUGUGCGUUCGUUUAUGAUGUGCAAAAGCCAUAAGCGUCUUCAGCGAAUUGUGUUGAAUUGAUAAUUUGACCGUAAACAAAGAGAGAGGUUCAACGAUACGACGAAUACUUCCCCGACCCUUCCAAGAAAGAAGAAGCCUUCUUGUGUACAAACGAAACGAGUCGAAACCGUUUUAACAGCAUCAAAGUGUGCGUGAAACUUGUGCGUCAUCAUCGUCACCACGAACACACAGACACAGCUUGACGCAGUGCUGUUUAUAAGUGUUUUUUUUGGUUCUCGCUCUUCCUUCCACACAAUUUCGGUGCGAAGGGUAUCUUUACGAUAAAAUCGGACUCUCCCUGGAACUCUGGAACGUUGCACAAGGGAGCUAGCCCACGGAAAAAGUGUACCAAACAAAUCGCGUCCUGCUAUUUGAUACUGCUUGCCACACAGCCGGCAAGAGCAAGACACGCUUUCUCCGUACUUAAAUGUGCCCGCAACCGGUCGCCUUCGUUGUCGCCGCCGUCGUCGCCCCCGUCACUAGCAACAGCCACCGUAUUAAUAGCCGUAUUAAUCGACGCCGCCACCACCAGCAGCAGGUCGCGAGCACGAAACUGUUCAAAAAGAAGCUCUGCGUUCACCCGACCACCAUGUUCAGAAUCGCCGUCAAGAUCAACCACGGCCUGAUAAGAUCGCCCAAGAUGGUCAAAUACUCAGCCGCCCCGUGCCGGAGUUGUUUCACGGUGAGCCUGCCGGUGCCACUGUACUAAGAAGGGGUGGCACACUGACUCGACAGAACACCUUUUUCUAGCGCGUCCAAUUUGGCCAGAUUUUAAGGCAAAAGCUGUAGCUUGUAAGCAACAAUAAAUAAGGCAUCGUUUAAUUAUUGGUUUGGUGAAACUACAACAACAACGAGUAAAGCGAAGAAACAGCCAGUGCACGCUUAUUUAGCAACGCUUAGCAAAGAGAGAAAAACUACAUAAGCGAGGAAAAAAAACAUCAUCACACCAACAUCAAAGUGUGCUGUGGAUUAAUCACAAGCAAAUAUCGAAGGAAAUAUUGUUCAACAACAAAAAGAAGUAGAAAUAACAACAUCCCAACAGCCCAUUGACACGAGAAGAAGCCACGACCAACGACGACGAGAUUGAAUAUCCUUUUUUAACACUUGUUAAAAUCCCUACUGUGACACAAGAUGAAGCUGCUCGAAAGUACACGGUUCGAGGCGGUCAAUAAUAAGCUGCACAUCCAGACCGGAGACAGUACGAUCUACGGCCGGAUCGAAUCGUACUCGUGCAAGAUGGCGGGAAAUGAUAAGGCACUGUACAAACGGUUCACCUCGGAACAGUCGCCGACAGAUUUGCAGGCGUUAUCGCCACCGCAAACCCUGCAGGACAUGUCGCCGCAGAUCCUUCGCAGCAGCCUGUCCGGGGACGAGGGUGUCACGCUGUGCGAUACGAUUUCGCGCAAGACGCUCUUCUACCUGAUCGCAACGCUUAACGCCGCGUUCGAGCCGGACUAUGACUUCAGUGAGGCCAGGAGCCAUGAAUUCAGCAAGGAACCAUCACUGCAAUGGGUGCUGAACUCGAUCGAGGGCAAUCUUGGCCCGGUAGCUGGUGAGCAGUACAGCAAGAUUCGUCACGCCCUCUGGACGACGAUCGAGGACGAGAUUUCACUGAAGGACUGCGACAUCUACAGCUACAAUCCGGACCUGAACUCGGACCCGUUCGGUGAACCGGGCAGCCUUUGGUCGUUCAACUACUUUUUCUACAACAAGAAGCUGAAGCGCAUCGUUUUCUUCACUUGCCGUGCGAUCAAUUCGGUUUAUGUGGAUUCUGGAUUUUCGAGCGAUUUCGCAAUGGAGGACGAAGAAUGUUACUAAAGUGAAUGAUUCUUAAGCCGCGAACAAGUUUGAAUCUAUCAUCGAUGGAAACGAUAUACGAUUUGAAGGUGUGGUAUUGGAACAGGACCGAGGAUAAUUUGCAAUUCAUCUAAAAAAAAACAAAAGUCGUUCCCCGUUUCGUACGUAGGUCUUUAGUUAUAACAAUUUCUAUAUCAUUUGAUAAUUUUUCAUGUAAUCGUACAAUGCGCACGAACGUUCGUUUGAGUUUUUUCUGUUUUUUUUUCGUUUGGAUUUUGAAUCAAAUCGGACUUGUAGUAUGUUUUGUGUUUCAAUUCAAAGCUAGAUAUUUAACACAGACAAGAAUAGAGAGAACACACUCUAACGUAGGACAGAUGAUUGCUUUUUGUGUAUAAAACAAGAAGCAAGAGCUGCUCUACCCACUUUGGUUCUCUCAAAACGACGAAACGCACAAGCUUUUGUGGUAGAUUAGAUUGUUUGAUUGCUUUCCAAAUCUUGAUACGAUAUUUUGUUUUCUUCUUUCAACAAACUUUACAAUAUGUCUAAAACGAUUUAACUUCAUAGUUACGAUCGUAAAUGUAUUUGUGUGCGUGUUUUUUUUUGUUUUGUCUCUUCAAAUCGAUUUUAAGUUAAUGAUUUUAUUUGUUUGUGCAAGAGGAAGAUUGAAAUCCGUAAUGAAAAAAUCAUAUGAACAAUAUUUCUUCUCGAUAUAUACGAUGUAACACGUUGGUGAAUCGCACCGAAAUAUGCAAAGUUUGCAACAGCAGUGCAGCAGAAAGAGAGCGAGCACGCGCUAUUGCGAACGCAUCAUGCUAAGUAAAAACAUAAAUGGCAGAACGUAAUAAUAACACAGUUUAAGCAGGAAUGAAACAACCAACCAAGAACAAGACACGGCACCGUUACGUGAGGGCAGGUGAGAGCUGCGGCGUGAGAACUCGCGUAACGGUGAGUGCGCGAUGCUGGCAAUGUGUAGCCAACUGGAGCGGCUGGAAGAGCUUAUAAAUAGAUUAGGUUGUAGGGUAUAGAACGCUGUAGAAGCGACGUAACGUGUUUGGCUAUCAUAACCCGGGCCAGUUUACAGUGAGCACACGCGUACCGGUGCAUUCGAUGGGAGUAAAAGGGUCAAAGCACCUUUCUGUGCUCUUAUGGAAAAUCGUCGAUUUACCUGGUGUGAGAAUGUUUAGCAUCGUAAGCCAAGCAGGCAUAUAAAGGGGGAGAAAGAAAAAGAAACACCUUCCAUACAACAAGGCAAAUACAGCCCAGGCUUUGGCGGUGCAUCAAAUUAGUAGAUUUAUUUAACAUAAGCGUUUAGAGUAAUCCUUCAUCAAAACACAGUGUGACUCUUCCGGUUCACUGCUAGAGGCGUUAGUAUAGUGUAACGUUAGGUAAAGCUCUUCCACGAGACCUUCAGUCAUCGAGCGACAGCUGGGCAUCGGUGGACGUUGAGACUGUGGUCUCCCAGUUGGUGAAAUUGCCCCUGUUUCCUGUUUGCGAACGACGCGAUCGGAUUUUCCGCUUCAACCCUGCAGAAGAUGAGCCGAGCAAAAGGGGGAGUGAAAAUCCGUACCACACUUACCAUCCUACAUGCCUCGUCCGCAAAUAGUAGACAGUGACUAGGUACACUGAGAGGGAUAGGGCGGUUCCCGGCGUUCUAAUGACGGGACGGGAAAAUUAAACAUAACAAAUCUGGCUUCUGCUCAAUGCGGCACAUCCCACCAAUGCCAUACCAUCCGCAUGACCCUGGUGUGUGUCGUAUGAGCAAGAAAAGAUUUGAUAUUCAGGAGGAAGGAUUUUUAACAGCUUCAAAACACCACCCAACAACGGUGGAAUUUUCAUCCUUCCUGGUGUAGGUAGUGCAUUCCCGUCCACCAUCGACGGUCCUGUGUCCGAUGGUGGGACCGCACGUGAGAACUAUUUCACUGACUGUACCAAUUUUGUGAUAUUAGAGUCGUAAGUUUUAUCUGUUCGCCCUCGGCCAGCUUCUCUACAUUCUUUAACAGCUCCUUCUUGGAUGUUUUUCUUUACUAUAAUCUUGCAUUGCAAUUUUAAACACUCUUGUGGCGAGAUAUACCGAACGCCUGUUAGUCUGUCUCUAUGAUAAUACAGGGGAAAAAAAACACAUGAGGAAACAUCUUUUGAACACAAUGUUUCUCCUGUACCGUAAAACGCACGUCCACAAAGGCAGCAUGCACCGUAUGUUGUGUACAUCGUCCUAUCUUAUCUAUCUAAUCAAGCGAAGAUAGAGAAAAGAUCAAAAAUAACAAACGUCUUCGUGAUCAUCAUUACAAGCUGAAGUACAAACUACACGAAAUGUGAUAAGUAGCUUUUAGACCACGGGGGGACAUAAAAUCAACCAGCCAGCAGACGUUAUAUGUACUAGGCACGGACGGUAACAGACUCAUUGCCGCACACAUACGGUGUACGCCAAAGCGGACAAACGUUACAUGUAGGUGUUCCCCAUCCUAUAAUACAAUCGCAUAAUUGAUCUCGUUUAAGUGAAGUGUUAUAUUCUAGCUUACCAUUCUAAGUAAUGCACCACGGGAAAAUCAAUGGAUGGAAGCACCAAGAGAUCACAUCUUAUCCGCAUGUGAAUUGUGUACUCGCAUCGAUCGUGGAACAGGAAAACUGAUGUCACUCAGGUGACUCAAUUUUGUGCUAGUAAACAUUAUUGUAUCAUGAACUUUUACACUUUGCCUGUUAUCGUUCGCGUCACGUAACUGUGAUAAGAACCAUUUUAUCAGUGCUUGUUUGCAUCCCCAAGCUUUGGUUAAUCUUGUCCCGAAAGAUGGAAGGAUUGCAUGGUGUUUCCAGGUUUACAGGUAAAUGUCAGACACAGGGGGAAAAUUUGUUUUAAUCCUCACUAAAACGAGCUGCAGAAACCUUUAGCCAAGGAGAGUGAUUUCGGAUUUAAUCUACUAACAAUGAAAGCUCCAGAUCUUCUUUUUGACUCCUGGAUGUAGUAAAAAGGUCGAUUAAAGAUUAAUUAAAAUCUCUUAAUAACUGUUUCCAUCUCCUUUUACCAACAGAAGAAGCGAGCUGUUAUAUUGGGCAGGAUUCGAGAUGGCGAAUAUUAAAUUAAAAUUUAUAUAUAUACAUAAACACAACACAUACGCGUAAAGAUUCACUUAAAAUAAUUUAUGUCACGUUUACGACUGCAAGCAAGCGAAUAUUGCGCAUAAACUACUUUUUGUCCUUCGCAAACAAUCUUCCCGUUUCAAGUUUAAUAUCUUCGUUAAGGGUAUUUGCUAGUACUUUCACCAUUUCGGGAUGGUUGGACAAAAGGUUGCAGACGAAGCAGUUGUAGUAGGAGUAAUGGAUUUACAACACAACUUUGUGGAAAUUGCGUAUCCUAAAUAGAGGUGAAACCGUAAGCUAAAUAGACGCAGCAAAACUGUGUCACAAACGUGCACUACUUUAUCAUUAUUUUCAAUGUAUUCUCUUUAGACAAUGCAAGAUUCAAACCGUCAUUACACCGUAAUGGUUAAGGUAAAUAAAAUAUGGAGAAAAAAAAAGUUUAAA